AUGGGUGUGCGUGUGCGUGUGCCGUUCGUUCGUUGUAUUUUCCGCCAGGCAUCAGACAGACAUCACGUCGAGCUCCAAGCUCCAAGCUCCAAGCUCCAAGCUCCGCGCUCCAAGCUUCAAGCUCCACGCUCCCGCUUUUGGGUUGUUUUUGCUCUCGCCAUCACGACUGCACUCCCUCUGGACCCGCCCCGCCCACGCCGUCUGCCGUCACCCGCUGGGCCUAACGCUGCCGAGCUUGACCCGCACGACGCACCGCCCUGGGACGUUGACGAGCCGGGCAACUGCACCCACCACCCCACACCGAGCCCACGCCCACGCCCACGCCCAACCCUCGCACACGGCCUCCCCUCCCCUCCCUUCCCCUCCCCUCCCUCGACCCCCCCGCCGCCGCUCUCCGCCGCAGCCAUGGCGCCCGUACGGAAACGCACAAACAACAUGGCUCGCCGCCGCCGGCUCGAUGACGAGGACGAGAGCCAGUCGGUGGCCACGGAGCUGGCGGACGACUCGCAGAGCGACGCCUCGGCCCUCAGCGACGUCGACGAGGAGGGAGAUGCCGAUGCCGACGCCGACACCGACGCCGACGCAGACGCAGACAACAGCGACCUGAGCGAGGCCGACAGCGGCGUGGCGCCCGCCGACGAGAAACCCAGGCGCCCGGCAACGGCAAAGGCAAAGGCAAAGGCAAAGGCAAAGGCCAAGGCGAGUGCAGCUGCACACGCAAAUGGCACGCGCAGCGACAAGGCCCGGCAGCCGUCGCCGCCCAUUGCCCGGUCUGAUGGCUCGUUUGCAGCGCUCAAGGACACCGAGGCCAUGAUGAACGGCCUGCAACUCGCCGACACGGCACAGGGCGCCGAGGAGAUGGGCUUGGACGAGCCACAGGCCGCCGAGAAGACGGCCUCUGACGAGCCACAGCCAGCGCCGACGCCCGCUGCUGGCCCGCCGUCGACUCGCCCAGAGACGCUGGGAGACCGCCGGCGGCGCGAGCAUGAGGCGUACAAGAAGAAACGCGACUCGGACCCGGCCUUCAUCCCCAACCGCGGCGCCUUCUUCAUGCACGACUCGCGCUCGGCCCCCGGUCAGCACGGCUUCAGGCCCGGUGGUGGGCGCGGUCGAGGGCGCGGGGCCGGCGGCGGAGCUGCAGCGGGAGCGGGAGCAGGAGGCCCAGGAGGCAUCGGCGGGCCCUUUUCCCCCGCAAAGUACGUAGCAGCACUGCCGGCGUCCCCGCGCAGCCAGACGCAGACGCAGACGCAGACGCAGACGCAGACGGCUAACACGAAGCCCAGCUCGCGCCAGCACGCCAGCGAAGCCACCGACUCGCCGUGGCAGCACGACCUGCACGACGCCGUCAACGCACCGCACCAGCACCAGCACCAGCACGCCCAGCCUGCCCCCCCUGGCCCUGCUGCUGCCUCCACCACAGCCGCGCUCCCGCUCCACCACGCACCAACACACGCUUCCCAUGACGCUCCCCGACCGCCCUUUGUGCCUGCCGCCCGACCGCCCCCAACUCGCAACUUCUCCACCACCGUGCACACCCACAACGCCGUCGUCCGCAUCCUCCUUCCCAACAUGAAGGCCCCCAUCACCUUCCAGAACGUGCCCAUCAAAUCCCACACCCGCCUGCCCAACCACCGCCCGCCCCUCCGCCGCGACAAGCCCGUCCGCAUCUCCCUGCCCCCGUCGGCGCCGCGAUAUAUCUUCCCCACCGUCGAGCGCUCCUUCAUCUUUAUCCCCCGCGCCCUGCGUCCCAACCAGCAGGGCUUCGGUCGCGGUCGAGGCCGCUUUGGCUCCAUGGGCGGCGGAGGCUUCUCGAGCAGGCGCACAAGCGCCUACGGCGGCAGCGUGUACUCGCCGAGCGUGGCCCUCAGCAGGCGCUCGUCCAUUGCUCGUGACAACAUGGUCUCGCCCGCAGGCUCCAUCAUGUCGAGGAACGGCAGCUUCGUCGACCCCUCUCGACCCGUCGUCAGGCUACCCCCCGGUGGCGUCCGGAUGCCCACGGGGCCCGCCAUCAUCUCGCCCACCAACGGCUCCUACCCGCUGCCCCAGAAGCCGGCCUUCCGCGAGAACUGGGCCCACGGCCAGCUGCCCAUGCACCAGCCGCGGCCCCAGAAGAACGUCAACGUGGCCGGCAUCGAAUCGCCCGCCUCGAUGAACUUCAACCCUCCCCAGCAGCAAGAGCAGCAGCCGUUCCAUCAGCAGGUGCCCGCCCACAUCAGCGGUGCAGGCCCGUCCGCCGAACAGCCCGCCUUCUACCAGCACGCCCGCCAGCCAUCCUACCCCGGCCCCGUCUCGACGGGCACGCCGCUAUCCAACAUCCCCGAGCGUGCCAUUCACGCACCGGCCUUCCAGCCAUUCCAGCCAGGUUACCAGCCCCCGGCCUUUGUGCCACAAGGCUACUACUACCCGCCCAGCGCCCCUCAGCCACCGUACAUGGCGCCCGGCGGCAUGGUCCCCAUGUUCGUGCCCGGCGCACAACAGCCCUACGCCAUGCCUGCGCCACCACCCGCACCUGCUGUUGUGCCCCCUCCGCCACCCGCUGCAGCUCCGCCCAACAUGGUCGCGUACGAGCAAAACGGCAUGACGUACUACGUCGACUCCAACCAGCUUCCCUACGCCCCGCCCGCGCCCGUUGACAACUUUGCGCAGCCCAGCUACGCCGUACCAGGCAUGGGCGGCAUGAUGACACCUGGACCAGACGGCGCGUACUACUACCCGCAGCAAAUGCAGCCCGCAGCCUUCUACCCUCAGCAGUAG